AUGACAGUUAAAUGUGGCGCCAGUAUGAUCACCCUGGAAAUCAACCUGUGCACGGCUCAGUGGUCGGGCUUCAUGGGCACAGACCUGGCUCUGAACGGGAACCACAACACUACGGCGUGCCAGGGCUCUAGCGACACCAGUGUGAACCCUCCAAUCAUCCGUUAUCAGCUUCCUGUUAACCAGAGCCAGGAUAACCCCUGCCGCCAGUCUCUGCAGAUUGUAGAUGAGGCUCCGGACCCCACAGGUCCCUUCAGCAGCUUCUCAAGUAUCCAGUCAGUUAUCAUCACCGGGUUCCUUGACACACCGAACUCUUACCAGGGGUUGAUCAGCUACAACACUGACCUCUACUAUCACUUCUCCUGCCGCUACCCACUGGAGUACCUGCUCAACAACACACAGAUUGUGACCUCCUCAGUGUCCGUGGCGAACAGCAAUAAUAACGGAACCUUCAUUGAUACACUGAAAAUGAGUGUUUUUAAUGGCUCUGACUAUGGCUUCCCAUUAGUGGUACCUUCGACAGGGCUUGCGCUACGAACCAGGAUCUUUGUGCAGGUCCAAGCUGUUAACCUCACAGGAAAUUUCUAUGUACUGCUGGAUCAAUGCUUUGCCACUCCCACUCCUUACAACAUAUCACAAAAUGAGCAGUUCAACUUCUUCACCGGCUGUUCAGUGGACCAAAGGACAUCUGUGACAAGCAAUGGCAUUUCCACGGUUGCCCGAUUUAACUUUGAGGCCUUCCGCUUUACCGCUUACCGAGACCAGGCAAAGUCCAGCAUCUAUCUGCACUGCAUGCUGAGACUCUGUGAGCCCAGCAAAUGUCAAGUGCUGUUGUCUUCCUGUAACAACAGAAGAAAAAGAUCUGUGACUCCUUUUGGAAAAGAAACCAGCGAAUCUGCCACUGUUUCAGUUGGACCUCUUUACACUGCCAGAGAAGACAUACCAUAUGCAGCUGCCUACAGUAAUAACAUGGCAUCAGAGAGGGAUAACGUGAACGUGACGGGCCUGGUGGUGGGGGUGGUGUUUGGCUUGGCUGCUACUGUCUUGCUGGUUCUUGGUGGCUGGUUCACCCUGAAGAAGUUUUAUUGGGGGGGAGGAUUACUUCAUGACAAAUGACAAAUUGUCUUCGCCUCGUCGCCUCACAGCAUAUUGUGACUCUCUGACAAAACAAAAAUGAUGUGCUUCUCUAAAUCAAGGAACACAGACGAUGCUUGUCAGAUUGUUACACUAGAUGAGAAAGUAAUUGAACGAGUAUCAGUCUACAAAUAUCUUGGUUUCUUCUUAGAAGAAAGUUUGUCCAUAGCAGCAUAUAGAGUGUUUAAAAAAAAAACUUAGAGUAAAGUUUCUAUUAUAGAAACAAAGGCUGUUUCUCUUUUAAUGCGAGAAAAACACUUAUACAAGCAACAUUUAUGUCAAUGCUGGAUUAUGGUGAUAUUUUAUACAUGCAUGCAAAUCAAUCUUCUUUGAAAAUGCUGGACUCUGUACACCAUGCAGCACUAAGAUUUGUAACUAAUUCUAGUUUUUGUACUCAUCACUGUAGCUUGUAUGAGAGUGUUGGUUGGCCUUCUUUGCACAAUCGCAGGUUGGAGUGUUGGUAUAUUUUUCUAAGGUAAACUGCCUCCUUACUUAUGUUCUCUCCUGACUCCUAAAGUCACCACCAGGAAACAUUAUCUUCGAUCAUAUGGGCAAAUCAUGUAUGACAUUCCGCAAACUGUCUUCAGUGAAAGUGCCUUUAAAGUUUCAUCCUGGUAUAAAUUGCAGAAUCAUCUUAAAUUAGACUACCAACCAACAAUGACACAAUUUAAAAUUAGGAUAAAGGACUAUUUGUGUACUAAAUGCACAUGUGCUGUUACUGAGCGCUGCUGGUGAUUAUGUUGAGAUAAUGUUAAAUUGCCAACUGUCUUUUUCUGUUUUCUGUUUUUCACUAUAUAUUUUAAUAUGGAACUAUUAUACUG